AUGCAACAUGUCUUUGCUUGCAACAACUAUGAGGAGGACCAAAAGGUGAAACUUGCAGCUGCUCACUUUUCAGACUAUGCUCUUGUUUGGUGGAAUAAGUUUGCAAAAGAGAGAUUGAGAAAUGAGGAGCCAGCGGUGGAAACAUGGGCUGAAAUGAAACGAAUCAUGAGGAAAAGAUAUGUCCCUUCAAGCCAUGCUAGGGAUGUAAAAUUUAAACUUCAAAAACUUACCCAAGGCAGCAAGAGUGUUGAGGAGUAUUACAAAGAACUUGAGGUGCUUAUGUUGCAAGCCAAUCUUGAGGAGGAUGAAGAGGUAACCAUGAUUCGAUUUAUUAAUGGUUUAUCUAAUGAUGUUAGAGAUAUUGUAGAACUUCAGGAAUAUGUAGACAUGGAAGAAUUGCUGCACAAGGCCACUAAAGUUGAGCAACAACUCAAAAGGAAAGGGCUUGCAAGGAAGAGUUCUACCAAUUCCAAUUCAUCUUGGAGAGACAGAAUGAAGAAUGAAGGGCCGAGCACCCUUAGCAAACCAGCCACCAAACCACAAGCUUCAGCUUCUUCAAAACCUCUUGAACAACCAUCCAAAAAGAGCAAAGAGGUCAAGUGCUUCAACUGCCAAGGUAUGGGACAUUAUGCUUAUGAAUGUGCCUCCAACAAGACCAUGAUUCUUAAGGAUGAUGGAGACUACACCAGUGAGUCCGAAGGAGAACAAAGUGAAGAAGAAGAGGAGGCAGCCAUGAAUGGUGAACUGUUGAUGAUCCGAAGAAUGCUUGGUAGCCAACAAAAGCCAAAGAAAGAAAGCCAAAGAGAGAAUAUCUUUCACACAAGAUGUUCUGUCAAUGGGCAGAUUUGCUUGAUGAUUGUUGAUGGCGGGAGCUGUACUAAUGUGGCUAGUGAAAGAAUGGUGGAGAAGCUGAACCUGGUCACAAAACCACAUCCUUGGCCAUACAAACUUCAAUGGCUCAGCCACUAUGGAGAAAUACAAGUAAGUAAGCAAGUUGAAGUUGACUUUUCCAUUGCCAAAUACAGGGAUAAGGUUCUUUGUGAUGUUGUUCCCAUGGAGGCUAGUCACAUACUGCUGGGAAGACCAUGGCAAUAUGACACCAAGGAUUAUGAGGAUGUGUUUCCAACAAGUGUUCCAAGUGGUCUACCACCACUGAGAGGAAUUGAGCAUCAAAUUGAUCUCAUUCCGGGAGCUUCUUUGCCUAAUAUGCCAGCAUAUAGAAGCAACCCACAAGAAACCACUGAAAUUCAAAGACAAGUGGAAGAACUCUUGAACAAAGGGUGGGUAAGAAAUAGCAUGAGUCCUUGUGCUGUACCGGUGAUUUUGGUACCAAAGAAAGAUGGGACUUGGAGAUUUGUUGUGAGUUCGAAAGGAGUGCAGGUUGAUGAGCCCACUCCUAAAUCCGUGGGUGAUGUAAGAAGUUUUCAUGGCUUGGCCAGUUUCUACAAGAGGUUUGUAAAGGACUUUAGUACCUUGGCAGCACCCCUAAAUGAAGUGGUGAAAAAGAAUGUGGGUUUUCAUUGGGGAAAGAAUCAAGAAGAGGCCUUUGCUGCCCUAAAGCAUAAGCUUACCCAUGCACCUAUACUUGCUUUACCUAACUUUGCUAAAUCUUUUGAACUUGAAUGUGAUGCUUCAAAUGUAGGUAUUGGUGCUGUGUUGCUUCAAGAAGGCCACCCAAUUGCUUAUUUUAGUGAAAAGUUAAGCGGAGCUGCCCUUAACUAUUCUACUUAUGAUAAGGAAUUGUAUGCUUUGGUGAGAGCUUUGAAGACUUGGCAGCAUUAUCUUUUGCCCAAAGAAUUCGUGAUUCAUAGUGAUCAUGAGUCGCUGAAAUACUUGAAGGGGCAAGGUAAGUUGAACAAAAGGCAUGCCAAAUGGGUUGAAUUUUUGGAACAAUUUCCCUAUGUCAUAAAACACAAAAAAGGGAAAAUUAACAUUGUGGCUGAUGCUUUAUCCAGGAGACACGUGCACAAUGGAUUUUUAUUUAAGGAAAACAGGUUGUGUGUGCCUAAAAGUUCCAUUAGAGAACUGCUUGUUAAAGAAUCCCAUGCUGGGGGAUUAAUGGGUCAUUUUGGAGUCCAAAAGACUCUAGAAACUUUACAGGAACAUUUUUAUUGGCCCAAAAUGAAACAUGAUGUGAUCAAGUUUUGUGAACAUUGCAUUGUUUGCAAGAAGGCUAAGUCUAAGGUGAUGCCACAUGGUUUGUAUAUUCCUUUGCCAAUCCCUGAAUACCCUUGGGUUGACUUGUCUAUGGACUUUGUUUUAGGCCUCCCUAGAACAAAGAAUGGUAAGGAUUCCAUUUUUGUGGUUGUUGAUUGGUUUUCAAAAAUGGCUCACUUUAUUCCUUGCAGGAAAGCUGAUGAUGCUUGUCACGUUGCUGAUUUGUUCUUUAAAGAAGUUGUAAGACUUCAUGGGAUGCCUAGAAGUAUAGUUAGUGAUAGGGACACCAAGUUCCUAAGUCACUUCUGGAGGACUUUAUGGGGGAAGUUAGGUACUAAACUUUUGUUCUCUACCACUUGCCACCCACAAACUGAUGGGCAAACUGAGGUGGUUAAUAGGACCCUAGGCACCUUGCUUAGGACUGUCCUUAAGGCCAACUUAAAGGCUUGGGAGGCGUGUUUGCCUCAUGUUGAAUUUGCUUACAAUAGGGCUGUCCAUAGCACUACCAAUUGCUCUCCAUUUGAAGUAGUGUAUGGAUUUAACCCUUUGACUCCUCUUGAUUUGUUGCCUAUGCCUAACAUUUCGGUGCACAUGAGGAAGGAAAGGUUUCCAGAACAAAGGAAAUCCAAACUCCAACCUAGAGGGGAAGGACCUUUUCAAGUUCUUGAGAGAGUCAAUAACAAUGCCUACAAAAUAGAGCUUCCAGGAGACUUUGAUUUGAGGUCAAAUCCAUUUCAAGAGGGAGGG